AAUAGGAACACUGUAAAAGUGGUAAUUUUCGUAGCGUAUUGCUGUCCGUCAUCAAUAACUCGCGUAAUUCGGGCGUGUGCUCCUUUUAUGCAUUUAUUGAAAGAAACUGACCGUUUUACACCGCCUCCGACGCAAAAGAGCGUUCGCGCCGCUGUUUGCCGCUCAAAGACUGUCAUGAUAUCGUCCUUUCCACCACACCCUUGGGUAUCGUGAAUCGUAGUCGUGAACUGUUGCGUGUUUAUUGCCGACGGCAGCGUUUGAGGCUGUUGUACGGGUUGGAUUGCGUUAAUCUGUGUACGGUGUAGUGUUAUGUGUAUAAGUUAGCAGGUUGAAUAGUUGUGUUGAAGAGCGCGGGACACAUUGAUGGGCAGUGUCGUGCGCGCUUGGCAGGCGGCUGAGAGGCCGCAGCGGCGGGUUUUUGCUUCGUGGAGGGUCUACGAUAAAAUCAGCCACACUGGAACUGAUGGAAUUAGAGAAUAUCGUCGCGAACACUGUUUAUUUGAAAGCCAGAGAGGGAGGUUCCGAUAGCAAUAAGGGCAAAAGCAAGAAGUGGCGUAAAAUCCUUCAGUUCCCACACAUAUCACAAUGUUUAGAUAUAAAAACAAAAAUAGAUGUAGGUUACGACUACGUGGUAGACCAGCAGCCGAUAGGCAAGCUGCUGUUCCGACAGUUCUGCGAGCGGAAUAGGCCGCAGUAUCACAAGUACAAUAACUUUCUAGAUGCGUUUUGCUUGCAGACAGACAGGUAUGAGGUGGAGGUGGACGAGACGCGUGCGAUGCUCGCAGCCGAGGUGUUCGGCAGGUACCUGAAGACUGACGACUGUGAGGCAGUGACAGAUGUCGUUAGCAGACAGGUCAUCGAUGAAGCUAGUGCUACGAUAGAUGCCGGCUCUAAAGACAUAUUCAUAGAAUGCGUGCGCUGCGUCAAGAGUUUCCUCGCGGGCGCUCCCUUCGCGGAGUUCGAACGCUCGAUGUACUUCCAUCGGUACCUGCAGUGGAAGUGGUUGGAGGCGCAGCCGGUGACACAGCAUACCUUCAGGAUGUACCGGGUCCUGGGGAAAGGUGGCUUCGGGGAGGUUUGCGCGUGUCAGGUCCGAGCGACAGGCAAAAUGUACGCCUGCAAGAAAUUAGAAAAGAAACGCAUUAAGAAACGGAAGGGCGAAGCCAUGGUGCUCAUAGAGAAACAGAUAUUGCAGCGAAUCAACUCGCGGUUUGUCGUCAAUCUAGCGUAUGCGUAUGAGACUAAAGAUGCGCUGUGUUUGGUGCUCACUAUUAUGAACGGUGGAGACCUAAAGUUUCACAUCUACAACAUGUGUGGCGCGGAUACGGGCUUAGGGUUGGAACGUGCGAGGUUCUACGCUGCGCAGGUCGCCUGCGGCCUGGAACAUUUACACAAGAUGGGCAUCGUGUACAGAGACUGUAAACCCGAGAACAUUCUGCUGGACGAUGCGGGCCAUGUUCGUAUCUCAGACUUGGGGCUAGCUGUGGAUGUCCCGGAGGGUGGCAGUGUGAGGGGCAGGGUCGGUACUGUGGGGUAUAUGGCUCCUGAGGUGAUAGACAACGAGCGGUACACAUUCAGUCCUGACUGGUUUUCAUUCGGCUGCCUCGUAUACGAGAUGAUCGAGGGCCGCGCCCCCUUCCGCGCUCGCAAGGAGAAGGUCAAGCGGGAGGAGGUGGAUCGAAGAGUUAAGCACGAACAAGAAAAAUACUCGCACAAGUUCAGCGAAUGCGCCCGCUCUCUGUGCUCGGCACUACUGGGUAAAGCCGUAUCGACGCGGCUGGGCUGCGGCGCGGGGCGGCGCGGCGCGGGCGCGGUGAAGGCGCACCGCUUCUUCGCGCACCUCAACUGGGCGCGCCUCGAGGCGGGGAUGGUCGAUGCGCCCUUUGUGCCCGAUCCACACGCAGUCUACGCAAAAGACGUUCUCGACAUAGAACAAUUCAGCACAGUUAAGGGCGUUAACUUAGACGCAGCCGACGAUACAUUCUACGGCAAGUUCAACACGGGAUCAGUCAGCAUCCCCUGGCAGACUGAGAUGAUCGAGACCGGAUGCUUUGCUGAACUCAACGUCUUCGCUAGAGGAGAAGACAACAAGGAAUGUGCGACGCCGGACCUGCAGCUGGUGCCCGCUACCACCACGCCCGAGGAGGAGAAGGGAUGCUUCCUAUUCGCCAGACGGGUACUAUGCCCACAAAAGAAAGUAUCAGCCCGUCUCCGAGCGGUCCCCGUCCCGGAACACCUCCUCCUGCCCUCCUCCCCCGCGCCGCCAGCCCCGCCCGCCCCGCCCGCCCCGCCCGCCCCCGCCGCCGACACCAGCUGACCGAGUCAACCCACUGCCUAAUGUGGUAUGAUCACACCUUUACUUUAAAUGUUGACGUGUCUGCAGUAUGUUGUUUAGUUGGCUGUGUUUGUUUUACCAUGAAAAAAAACGAAAGAAAUAAACUCUAUGAAAGACCCUAGUCUUUCUUAGGUAAAAAGACUAGGGUCUUUCGUAGGUAAAAAGACUAAGGUCUUUUGUAGGUAUGGUCAAAAGACUACUAUUAAAUUUGACCAUAAGGCUAUGGGUAAAUUUUAACAGCAAAAUAAUAUCAAUAUUGACAUUCAGUAAUUGAUUGAAGUGACUACUGUCACUAUAUUACCAAGCAAAAAUAGACCUAAUUUCAACAACACAUAAAUAUUAGUUUUCUUAAAACAACUAUGAAUUUUCAUUGUAUGUAUAAUGUUUUAAGAAAAAAACGGACGCAUGUUAUGUCGAUGGAAAUGGUAAAAACAUGCAGUCAAUUUUCAACAUAUCUUGACGAAGCUAAAACUAUCGAAACCCAUAGAUUUUGUAUAGCAAUACAAUGCUGUGACAUCAUGAGAACUAGGAGAAAUUCAUACACUGACAUUUUGCUAAAAUUUAGUCUUGGAUUGCGAGUUAUUUAUCGAGUAAUAGUGAAGCCACAAGUUUUGCUAUUUUGUAGAGGGAACUGGAUUGAGUUGUGACUAAAGACAGGCUCAAAAUAUACCUAGAAAUACCGCAUAAAUAUGGACGAAAUACCAUGUUAUAAAUAACUAAAAAGUACGCUGUAUUGAAAGCUAUUAAAAUUUUUAUGAAGUUAUGUUCAUUCAACUUCAUAUAAAAAAUAUUCAAAAGGCCGUCUUGAAAAUUCGAACUGUAGCAUGUAAAAUGAUUGAUGAAACUACGAAAUUGAUACCUGUAUACGUAGUAAUACUUGUACCUGUCGGAUAAGUCGGCUUUGUGAUCUUAACUUAUAAAAGGGACUAUUUCAAAUGUUGCUUUUUUACCUUUUUCUGUGAUUUUUGAGUUAGUAAAAAUCUUUGAGGUUCUUCUUUGGAAGUUGCUCCAAGUAUCUUUUGAGUUAUUUUUGAAAUUAAUAUUGAUCAAUUCUUUUCUAUAAUAUAUAUUAUUUAACUUAUUUUUGAAAUCUUGCUAAGUCUCUUAUGGAAAGACAUAAGUGGUUAACUUAGACCUUUGCUAGUUUUCUCCCCCUUUUUUAUCCCAAUUUGGUAGAAAAACAAUGUUUGAAAGAAAUGAAUACGAAAAUAUUGACGAUACAUACACAGCUUAGUGUGACCUGUUGAAAAAAUCAUGAACAAUUUAGAUUUAGUUUAAUUUUUUAUGUUGGCAAUUGUAAGAAUUACAUAAGUCUAUAAUUAUUAUUAUUUAUUCAUAUUCUUACUGAUAUUUUCUGUACAUAAAUAUUCAUACUUAUAUGGUGAGUAGAAGUAUAUAAAUCAUACGUUUAUGUUAUGAUUCUUUCAGUUGCCAACUAUAAAAAUUGGAACUACACUUACAGAUAUACCGUAUGGUACAUUUCUUUCCGAUUUUUGUGUUUUUGAGAUUGGAUAUUUAGUUUUUUUUGUCGAGUUGUCUGUAAAUGCAGUUCCAAUAUAUUUCUCAUUAUGGAUGACUGAUAUUAUGUGUAACCAUGCAUUUAGCUCAAUAGUAACCUCUGAGUAUUACACGAACAAACAUUAUUAUAAACUCUAUUGUCAUGUAUUUUAUAUUAUUAUUAUUGUUUUUUAAUGUAAUCUAUCAAUGAUAUUAUUCGAUUGAGUUUUUUUUUAUAUAAAUAUGUAUUUUGUAAGUUUUUUUGUUGUGUUGGUGAUGGAUAGACAACUAGUGAUGUGCAACACGAAAAUUUGUAUCGAUAAUUUUUAAAUGCUUUGUCGAUCUUAAGAAAUGGAUUUUGUAUGUCUAUAUGUCACCAAUACUAUGAAUAUCGAUGCCAAUCUAACGUUUUAGAAGGGAAGUCCCGUUGUUUUGACUACUAGGUAAGUCAAGUAUAUACUUUUUACGACUAUUAUAUACAUUUUUAUAAUACGUACGUACGUUUACAUAAUUAUAUUAUUAUAGAUCAUUUUUAAAGGUUUUUUGUUUUGUAUUUAACGGCUGAUGAUGAUGUAAUACUUAAAUAUUUCCUAUUAAUGGCUUUGUUAUGUCCACAUUGAGCCUCGGAGCGGAUGAAAUAAUUCUUAGUGAAACAAGAUUUUAGUAGUUAAUGUAAUGUCAUGUUUUACUAAGAAUAAACAUUAAAAUGCUAUGUAAUGAGUGUUGAGAAAUCAGAUAUUAUGUCCAUGCUUUUGUUCAGUUCACUAAGUAGAUGUUAUUGUUAAUUUUAAGAAUGGAAACUGUCUUGAAAUCGAUAAAAAUGUUGGACAUCCCUAACAUGAGCAAUGUUAAUAUUGAUUAACAAAAUGUCUACUUAGUGAACUUGUUAUAAAUAUUAUAACAACAAGUCAUCCGCCUCAUAUAAGUCACUUAAAACUCUAGAUAGUGUAUAAUCAAGCAAUAAUAAAUGAAACGAAUAGAAAAAUCUAUGGAAUCUAUGUAUUUAGUUGUUCUUGUCUGUGGUAGUGCUUAAUUUAAAAAAAAAGAGACGUAUGUAAGUAAACCGUGGAAAGAGAAAAAAAUAUAGUUUUCUUGUAAAAAAAAACUGGUAAUACACUCUUCCUCAAGAUUGUGAAUAAAAUGUGUCGCACAAAGUAUUGAGAAAAAUAAUAUAAUUAAAUGAAAAUUCUUACUGUAUGUACAUUGCCAAUUCACUUCCAAUGUUUGUAUUAGUGAUAAGUAUUGAUGCAUUUUGAUGUGUAACUUUAUUGUUAUUGAAUAUUUCGAUGCCUAUUGUCGUUUUGGAGGCUGAAAGCGUGUGCUGAAACGGAUUUUAAAAACUCUUGCUUCAAAUUGGUACGAGUCUUUUGAGCUAUCUUAGCCUAGGGUCAGAAAUGACGGAGAUUCAUUUCUGAAAAGUUUUUGACAAAUUAAUACGGGUUUGAUAAAUGUUCCAAACUUGGCUUGUGGGCCCUAACAAAAGAAUUAGUUUUAAGAAGCUAUUACUAACAUUAGUAGUUAAACGCUUGCGAUAGUAAGUUAUGAAAUCGAGGUUUCCUUGUCAAAGGUUCGUGGGAUGAGAUAAUUAGGGUAGCCAUUGUGGUACAGUCGUACAAACGUAUUUGAUAUUAGUGGGGCUUAUUGUAACACGGGUCCUUUGAAUCAUGUCGUCCUUUGUAUAUAAUUGGGACUUUUAAGCAAUUAGGGUUCAAAUAAUCCCUGUUGUUAACGAAUAAAUUAGAAAAUUGAUGUCAAAAUGAAAUCAUUGUGGAUAUUUUAUUGGUUUUUAGCUUCAGAAAGUAGAAAAUUCAACCAAUAAAAAAUCUACAAUACUACUUUUUAUGAUGAGAUAAUUUUGAAAUAUUUUUAUAAAACAUUUCGCCGGCUCUGGCACGCGCUUUCAGUAUUUGCCUCCCGUUUUUAAUCGUCAUUCGGGCUACACUCGGUCGAACAUCGUCGCCAUCUUGUAUUCCACGAAAUGUCACGAAUGUUCACGGAAACAGCCGAAGUGUAGCGCCUAACAUUUAGGCAUUCAAGGGUAAUCGUGUAAGAGCAAGUCAUCUCGCUACGAUUUUUUUUGUCAUUCGCACAAACGUUCGUUACUCGUUCAAUCAUUCAUUCAUUAUUUUUAACUUUAGGACUUUUGGUGUUAAUAUUCUGGUCGGCUGUAAGUUUUAAAUAAGUACUUGUCCCGAAAUAUUUGGAUUUACAGUCGAUCAUUCAUUGAAUGAAUGAAUGAAACGAGUGAACUCGUUCAAUGCUUAAUGCUCCUAUUCGAUAUAAGCAAUUAUUCCGAUAUUGACUUUAAAACUUUUAUUUGGAUUUUUUUUAAUUUUCAAGUGUUAAAUCGUUACUCAAUCGCUCAUUUAAAUCCUGUUUAGAUAUUCUCGAAAUCACUCAAUUUUAAUGAUUUUUAUGAGCGAUGUAACUCCAUGUAAACGAGAGUUUUUUUGUGAGCUGAAAAUUUAUCGUCAAGAUUUAAUAUUUUUAUAUACUUUAGAUAUGCUCUUUUUAAAUGUGGGACAAUCUUUAAGGGCAGGAAAGCUUUUCUUGGUGAAAAUAGCUCCCCAAUUUACCUCUAUAGUGGGUACAGUUUCCCAACUCUUAGAUAUCAUGUUGCACAUAAGUUGUAGUGUUACCAUCCAUAAUGAUUUUUUCUUUAAGUUAUUAAACUAAAUAUAAAUAACAGUUUCCUCUCAAACUGCUCAAGUUCUAGAGUCAAUAUCGGAGUGCAAAGUUGAGCAAAAUGCUCGGUUUAGCGAGACUCAUACGAUGCUCAACUCGGGAGCUCAAUUGUACAGAUUUCUUUAGUAAUUCGAAGUUUAAGACAAAAGUCAUUGCGCGUUGUGUUGUCUGUGAACAUUGUUCUUCGAUAAUAGUGAGACAGCGACACUGAAAGAUUUUUUAACCUUUUAAUAUACAUACUGUAAUAGAAAUGGUCACUAUAAAGCAAUGUAAGCCUAAGUAAUGGUUAAAUUUUGUAUAAGACACUGAAUUAAUGCCAAUAUAUUCUUAUGAAAACAUAGUUGUAUUAGUAUCAAUGUUAUACCGAUAAAUUGUGGCGCUGAAGUCAUUAAAAUUAAUAGAAUUCCUCUAACAACGACGUUCACAGAUGACAGAUUUCAAAAUAAGCAUUUAAGCAAAAAUGUAUGUGUCACCGAAUUUUGUAAGAAUUUAUAUAUAAUAAAUAAAUAAUGAUUAAUUAGUAUCAUACCUGUAUCAUACUCAUUUGAUGCAUUUUCGACUAAGUGUACUGAAGUGCUUAGCAUGAUACAUGAACAUGGCCGGAGUUAAUCACUAUAGAUUUCAGUAUAUAUCACAAUAAUGAUAAUAGUUAGAUAGCAAUAUAGUGUAGCAUUUUUACAAGUAAUGUAAGAAAUACAAUUUUCACUUAUUACUGAGGCAAACUUGGUAUUUUUGUAGUAAUGGUGUAUCAUGCUAUAGCAACUCGUCUCGUUCGGUUGCAAUGCAACCGAAACUCGUCGCUGUAUCUAGCUUGUAAUAGUGUUAUGGAUAGCUUUCCUUCAUACUGUUAGUCGUUAUUGCAGUAUUUUGAUGCAAAUAUUAUUAUUUAAUAAGCAUAUUCGUAAAUAAAUUGACUCCGAUAUAGAA